GGUAGCACUAUCAUAUGGUAACAUUAUUUACAUUUUGUAUUUGACUAUUUAUUUUUAAAGUGUUGCUUACGGUAUCCUUUUACUUCAAUUAAAUAAUUAAAAAAACUCAAAUGGUAGAUUUAGAAUUGGAUGACGAAUCAAUCACCGAAGUCGAUGCCAACACGACAAUUCAGGAACAAAUCCAAGAACUUUCAAAGCGUCUUCAAAAUGUGAAUGACGACCUGCACCAGCAGGUUCGUGAAAAACAUGGUGCUUUGUUACAACAGGCAACGCACGCUGGCCGAUUUGAUGUUGCCUUGAACACCUUAGCAAAUGAUGUAGAGCAAAUUCGUGCAGCCGGCCAACGACUAAAGACACAAAUCGAUGCCCAGUAUCAGCACGUUGAUAAUCAAACUCGUAUUCUGGGACGUUUGCACGAAUUAUCUCAUCAACUUCGCUCGGCUGGCACACUACUAUCGUUGACGGCCAAAUUACGCGCAACAAAGGACGUACUCAAGCAAGCAGAGAUACACUAUGAAUUGGGACAAUUGGUAGAUGAUGAGGACUUGAAGCAAAUCGAGUUUGUACAAAAUGCUCGUGCUGAAGUAAUAGCCUCGCGACAAAAAUUAAGAAAUUUAACACAGAUGCAGUUAGUAACGGGUUUGCAAGAAAGAAAUGAAGCACAAGUAGUCAACUCACUUAAGAUAUUUAAAAACUUCAACACACUACAAAAGUCAUUAGACAACUUAGUGGCGACAUUCGUCACGGACUUGGAGCAAUCGCUGAGAGAAUGUUUUGCUGGUACCGACAUUUCCGUAUUGAACAAAGGGGAAACAUUUAACAACGCCUCAUCAAAGACAAGCAAUUCUAUGCGUGGCCCAGGAAAAACCCCUAUGUUAACCACGACUCAGAACUUCAGAGCCAAGUUUUGGAAAUCACUGCAUUGGCUAUUGUAUGAAGAACUUUAUGAAAGUUGUGAGCAAGUAAAUCUAUUAAAGCGGGGCCUUGAUCAAAUAAGGCAGUUCGGCUUCGAUGCCGGCGAGACAUAUGAUAUACACAAGAACUUUUGGCAAGCCGUACAAACGCUGUUGAAAAAAUCUUUUGUCGAAAGUCCUGCCCACGUGACACAAACAUUGCAAGAAGGUUUGGCAAAAUUACUGACGUCAGCUCGUGGUUUGGAGGAGCGUUUGGAUGGUGAAUUUCUAUUCGAUAAUGACAUUUUCUCUACACUGGAGGUAGGCUAUAUAAGCAAGUGUGCCGCCAAUAUGAAAGCUUGUCUUGCUGGGGUCGAUCUGCCCUCAAAUGAAACGGUUGAUAAUUUUAUAAGAGUAGCAUCUACUGAAAUCAGUGCUGCUCUAAUUGAUACGCGUUUAACAAAUUCAGUAGUAGCUGUCUUCAUUGCGUGUGGCAAAGAGCUUUGCACGAAACUAGAAGCACAACUUAAGUUGGGAGCUGAUGCCAAACAAGUAGUCGACAUUCCAAAUUUUCAACAAACGCAAAAUGUGCUCUUGGCUAAUAUUCUGUACUAUUAUAAAGAUUCAGCACGUCGAAUGUUGGCCGACUUGAAGGUGCACUUUACCAAAUCGAAAUCAGCUGCUCAUCAUGAUAUUGUAAAAGCAUUAGAACAGACGGAUAUUUUGAUCAGUACCAUACUACAACAGAUAAUGGACUCGAUUCUGUCAACCAUAAGUAUUAUACUUCUCAGCAUGCAUCGUGAACCGGGACUUAAUUUAGAAAAAAUAUCAACAUCAGGUCCAUCAAUGUAUAUGAAGGAGUUACAGGAAUUCAUAAAUCGCGUCUGGGUAAAUCACAUUGGCCCGUUUGAAGAUAAAGAAAUAGUUUCGAAAUGUGGACACGAAUUGGCAAAACGCUGCAUUGAACUUUUCGUACACAAUGCAAGCAUUUUACGUCCGAUUAGUCAAGCGGGUCGGCAACGCUUGAAGAGUGAUUGCGCACAUAUGGAGCAGGCGCUUAAGCCAAUUUGCGCCAACUUGCCUGAUUUGGGAAAUCCAGCACGAUUACUACGCGCAAUGUCUUUCUUAAUUGUGCAACCACCCGAAGAAUUGGUGAAGCAAAGUGUGGGUAGUGAGUUGCUGGUGCCCAGCUACAUUGUAUUGUUUUUGUUAUUCGGUCACGCUGGCGCUGAACUUCAGAGUCCACAUACUACUGCAAAUUGGUCGAAUGAACGGUUAAUCGAGUGGCUCGAAGGGCACACAUCGGAACGUGAAAAGCUAGAAUUAAUAUCGGGCGCAUUACAGCGUUACCGUGAUCAGGUUAGAAGAAAAAAUAGUGAACAAUAUGACGAGAUAUAUCCAUUAAUAGUGGAAUUUUUCGAAAAAGCUUUAAAAGCAUAACUAAUUAAUCGUUUAUGUUUAUCAAGAUUGACUUAAUAAAGUAAUUACAUAAACUCUCUA